UGUCUUCUGUGUGAACUUGCAUUGCUUUUAGAUUCUCCCAGGCCCGGAGACAGCUGACUUCGCCUCCUGCUUUUCUGCUCGACACACACAAGGUUGAGUCUGAAGAUGAGGGUGUGGAUCAUCUUCCUCCUGUGCCUGGCUGGCAAGGCCUUAGCCGCUCCAACCGACGAAGAACCAGUUGUUGAAGAGGAGCCCAUUGUGGAGGAGGAGUCAGUUGUGGAAGAAGCCACAGAGCAGCUGGAAGUGGGCGCUAACCCAGUCCAGGUGGAGACCGGAGAGUUUGAUGAGGCUAUUGAAGUUGUAGAGGAUAUUGUUGCUGAGAACCCCUGCCUCAACCACCGCUGCAAGAAGGGCAAAGUGUGUGAGGUUGACGACAGCAACACUCCCAUGUGCGUGUGCCAGGACCCCUCCACCUGCCCUACCUCUACAGGAGAGUUUGAGCAUGUCUGCGGCACUGACAACAAGACCUACGACUCCUCCUGCCACUUCUUCGCCACCAAGUGCGCCCUUGAGGGAACCAAGAAAGGUCACAAGCUGCACCUGGACUACAUUGGGCCCUGCAAAUUCAUUGCCCCCUGCCUGGACAAUGAGCUGAGCGAGUUUCCCCUGCGCAUGAGGGACUGGCUGAAGAACGUUCUGGUGACUCUGUAUGAGCGUGACGAGGACCACAACCUGCUGACCGAGAAGCAGAAGCUCAAGGUGAAAAAGAUCUACGAGAAUGAGAAGAGGCUGCAGGCUGGUGACCACUCCCUGGAUCUUUUGGCCCAUGACUUUGAGAAGAACUACAACAUGUACAUCUUCCCUGUGCACUGGCAGUUUGGCCAACUGGACCAGCACCCUGUUGAUGGAUUCUUGUCCCACACUGAGCUGGCUCCUCUGCGUGCCCCUCUUAUCCCCAUGGAGCACUGCACAACCCGCUUCUUUGAGCAGUGCGAUGCUGACAACGACAAGUACAUCGCCCUGGAGGAGUGGGCCGGCUGCUUCGGCAUCAAAGAGCAGGAUAUCGACAAGGACCUUGUCAUCUAAAUUAAGAUCCCCAGUGACUCCUCCUUUUCUCCAUUGGGACAAGGUGCUAACCAUUAAAUUAAAAUUGAGAUAACGGUGCUAAUCUCUUUCUUUAACAUCAUUACCUAUACCACUAGAAAUAAAAAAAUAAACAAAAAAAGAUAUGCACAGUUCAAACUAACCUUCGCAAAAGGUGUUCGAGCACGCUUCCAUCACUUUAUUUGUUUGUGUAAAUUAACAGUUAACCAGAUUGUGAAAGUGUGAGUCAGACAGGACUGUGGACUGUAUAGGGAGGUUCUCUGUUGGAUUGUUGGAUUAUGGAUGUUGAAUGGUAAAUGAUGAUGGAUUUUUGCAAAGAAAAAAAACAUGAUAUAUAUAUAUUGGAAUGAUGUGUUCCUCUUAAUAAGGUCUUCAAUCAGAUUUCAAUUGGCAUUCACAAGGAGAAAUGUAAAUCUGAAA